CCUGUCUGGGCAUCUCUCCCUCCGAGCCUCCACCCCAUCCAUUCAGCCCACCUAAUCAGAUUGUUAUCUCUCUUGAGAAUUUCAAAACUGCUUGUUUUGAAUCUUUUUGGUGAUUAAAAUGGAUUUCCACAGCCUCACCAGAAAGGAGCUCCAAACUCUCUGCAAGAAGAACAAGAUCCCAGCUAAUAUCACAAAUGUCGCCAUGGCUGAUGCUCUCACUGCUCUUCAACAUGUUGAAGGACUUGAGGAAUUACCGAAUCAAUCCAAAUUUGAUCCCCAACAAUCUCCAGAGAAAUCCAUGACCGUGCCAGAUAUUCCUCGAACCGCUUGCAGAACAUCGACAAGAAGAAAACCCAUCAAGGAAGAACCGGAAAGCUCCCAACCCUUGACCCGAACUCGUUGUGGGACACGAGUGAGAGUGGUGGAAGUAGUGGACCAAGAGAGAAAUGAGGUUCCUAAGACUCCUGCUGUUCCAAGUAACCGAAGAAGGACUCCGGCUGCUUCGGCUCGCCAAAAGGAAGGGAGUGCAGUACAUGGAGUUUAUAGUACCAGGCGAUCAGUAAGGUUGUUGGGGGAGAACAUGGAGAAGUUAAGCUUGAUGGAGGAUGCAAAACAUGAGCCUUUAAAGAUUGACCAGUUGACUAAAGAUAUCUUCAGCGGUUCAGAAAGAUCCGACGGUUCUUCAUUUGAAAAGGAAGCUUGCUCAGAGAAAAAUGACGAUAUGGAAGUUUCAUCCCAGCUGAAAACUAAUGGAUCACAGGAGAUCCAGAGUGACGUGAAAGAUGAUGUUCAAGAGAAUCAUGAAGAUUUGGAGUCAGAAUCACAUAUAAAACCUGAGGUACUUCCUGCAGAUUCGGAUGUAAUGGUGGAAGAGUGCAAAGAGGGGGCAGGUGAAUCAGACGUUCACUUGCUAGUAAAGUCGGAUAAGAUUAUGGAUGUGGAAGAUGAAACUAUAGAGCAAAAACAAAAGGAUUCCCUUGCAGGACCUGAUGAUGAAAUCACUAAGUUCUCAACUGAAGUUCAAAUUUCACGUGAGGAAUUGAAAUUGGAUAACAUUAUGGCCUUGAAGGAGGAACAGGCUUUGGAAACAGAACAUUGUUUGACAGCUAAAAUUGCUAAUGAUGUUUCUGUUGGUGUUACAAAUCAAGUUGUUGCUGCUCGGACUUCAGUACUGCAAGAAGAUAAGAGUUCCUCUGAUGAUCAAACUGAGAAUCUAGAUGACGAAUUUCAAAACCAAAGUUGCACAGACUUAGACGCAAAUAACACAGAGGGCUACAACCAUGUGAAUGCUGAUUCAGAACCAGAACCUGCUGCUGAAAUGGAGUCUGGAGAAGUUAAAAGCUUGGUUACUGCAGAAGAAUCUGCCAAGUGCAAGGGUUUGACUCUGAGCUUUUCUGGUGGGCAAAGCCAUAAUAUCCUUAAUCUCGAAGCCUCAGGUUUGAAUGUGACAGAGAAUGAUUAUGAUGGUAAAUUCGAUUUCGAAGCAGAAUCCAGCACUGAAGAAGAGACUAAUGAUGAAUCUUCUGAAGGAGAGUCUAGUGAUGAUCGGUCUGAAGAUGAUGACACCUCCGAAGGAGAGUCUAGUGAAGAUGACUCCUCUGAAGAAGAGUUGUCAGGUGAUGAGGCCUCAGAUGAUGAGAAUGAAACAGUACUCAAAAGGGAUGUAGUGUCUCCAACUUUAAGUACCGACUCUGAAUUGCUUCCCGAGCCUAACACUGAUGGAUUGGUUGAUGUUGAAGUCAUUGAAGAAGAUGAUAUUUCAGCCAGUUUUCAUCCAUCUUUGGAUGAAAUGCCAAGACUGACAGAGCAAGUUCCUUGUCAAGAUGAAAAUCCAAUGAUGCAGCAAUUAAGUAAUUCUGGACCUCUGGUUGAUGUCUAUGUCUCUGACAAAAUGAGUCCCUGCCAUCAUAUUGCUUCCAGUGGGAAACUCUCUGGUGAAUUUGCGUUCUCACCUGACAAACCUUCGGGUCAGUUUCCUCGUCCAACUUUGUCUACAUCAAGGAAAUCACCAACUCCUAUUAUACGAGAUGAUGCUUUGGAUGAUGACAAUAAGGAUGACACUGAGAAGGGAAGCCAGACUGUUAAAGAAGUUGAGGUGAAGAAAAAUAAGGAUGUUUCCCUUGGAGAUAUCAGUCUAAGGCAGCUGCAGAAAAUGCUGAAACAUAAAUUACAGAUUGAAAACAAUAAUAAAGAUAACACCAACGAUCAGAAUGUUGCCAAGGUAAGUUACAUUGUUGCCAAGAAGAUAGAGAAGACUAGAACUGCCUUGCAGGCUUUACCAGAGAACCGUCUAGCUACGGAUGGACACGUAAACAAUGCCCUAUAAAAAUGAGGGGUAGCAGAGAGAAGUCAUGGGAACCACUUUUUGGUUGUGCAUUUUUUACUGGAGAAAAAAUUUUGUUUGAAAGAGGAGGAUUCAAUAUUUUUUUGAUGGUUGGUUGGUUGGUUUAAACAUUGGUUUGCCAGGCCUCCUUGGGGUUUUUUCCUUUUUUCUUUGUCUUUCUUUUCUGUUCAAGAAGGUUAUGGUCCUUUCUUUUUGCCUUGUAAUGAAAUGAGCUCAUCAAACAUUUUACUAUUCUUGCUUAAUAAAUACUGUCUGGUUCUGUUUUGA